AUGAAGUAUACUCAGCUGCUGAAAGACCCCAACCUCCCAGUACCCAAGCCGACCAAGUCAUUCUGGCAGAAUCCCGGCCAUGAAAAACUGCUGGGAAUCAAAUCGAAAAAGCUCCCAUCCCAGCGAGACAUUGUGAUUAUCGGAUCGGGCAUGACAGCAUGUAGUGUUUCGAAGGAACUCUUGUCAACCGACCUCAGUGGCACAAUUACGGUCCUCGAAGCAAGAGAGGUAUGUUCAGGUGCCACAGGCCGCAAUGGAGGUCGAAUUACCUGCAUUGCGGUGCGCGAUUACGACAAAUACCGACGCCUCUUUGGAGACGAAGCCGCCAAAGCGAUUGUGCGAUUUGAGCUCGGUCAUCACGAUGAAAUUGAGGCAGCCGCUCUGGAACUCGGGCCGGAACUCUUCAAGAAGACUGAAGUGAGACGAGAUGAGACGAUCGCCACCGUCUUUAGCGAGCAUAAACUCCAGGAGUUCAGGGAUAUGCAUGCCAACUUCGAGGCUGCGUUUCCGGAUCUGGUCGGAAAGGUGAAAAUGCUGGGACACGAAAUUCAAGAUAUUUAUGGGUUGAAAGGCGCAAAGGGUGGCUUCCUGAGCGCAACCGGAGGUGUCUGGGCGUAUCGUCUGGUCACCAGCAUCUUUGCCAAACUUCUCAACGAGCAUGGGGCUCGAUUCGCCAUCGAGACUGGCACACCAGUGCUCCAGAUUACUCGAGACCCAUCUUCCGCCAAAGCUAUCCAUCCUUACGUGGUCACCACACCCAGAGGAUCGAUCAGGGCCAAGCACAUCGUCCACUGUACCGAAGGUCAUACCGCCCACCUUGUCCCAAACCUGCGAGGAAUCCUGGUGCCGCGACGCGGACAGAUGAGUGUUCAGAAUCCCGGAAAAGCUUUCAAAGACCGGCAGGGGAGACGGUCGUACAGCUUCAACUACGAGCACGGGUUCGACUAUCUCAGUCAGAAUCCACAUACGGGUCAGAUCUUUAUCGGGGGAGGCGACCUGCGAGGCUUUGACGCCGGCUUGGAUAUCCAUGGCGUGGCUUCGGAUGCAGAAGAAUCCAUACCAGCCAAGAGCCACCUGACCGGGAUCUUGCCGGUCAUCUUUGGUAGGGAAGGUUGGGGAGAGGAAGAGCCCGGUAAGCCGCGUCUUGAAGCGUCCUGGACGGGGAUCCUGUGCAGCUCCCUUGACGGCGUACCCAUGGUCGGCAUGCUGCCACAGGAAGCCCUUGGUUCUCGUCGAGCUGGGAACUUGCAAGCUGGCGCAGAAUGGAUCUCUGCCGGUUACGGGGGCUAUGGUAUGGUGAACGCUUGGAGAUGUGGGAAAGCCGUGGCGAAGCAGGUACUGGGAAAUGAAUGCCCUGAACUCCCUCAGCCGUAUCAAAUUACAACCUCGAGGAUGGUCGGAUUGUCAACAAGACUGACGGAGCUUGCGGGCACGGAGAAACAUUUGAGAGCAUUGCUAUAG